AUGAAGGCCGCACUGACGCUGCUUGCCCUCAUGGGCGCUGCGUCCGCUUGGGAGUACGGAACGGGCUAUCCCUCCAAGAAGCCUCAUCCUACCUACACUCCUCCACCUUAUCCUACCUACAAGCCUACGCCGACGCCGACGCCGAGCACUCCUUGCGAGAGCUCGACUCCACCACCGUACACGCCGCCCCCUUAUACCCCCAAGCCUCCCCCGUCUUAUACGCCCAAGCCUCCUCCGUCUUAUACGCCCAAGCCUCCGCCUUACACGCCUCAUCCGCGUUGGUUAUUUCCUCUUUCUUAUCUCUUAACUCUCCUUAAGCGUCGUAAGAAUACGACUUCGCCGUGUCCGGAGAGCUCCAAGCCUCCGAAGCCUACUUAUACUCCUCCAUGCAGCAUAAGAACUUUACCUCUCUUUGUCCCGAGUCUUCGAAGACGAAGCGUCCGAAGACUACUUUUAGCCCCUUAUACUCCACCUUCCCCACCACCAAAGACCACUACGACCCCCUGCCCUGAGAGCUCGACGCCCCCGCCUACUUACAAACCGACAAAGCCUCCCAAGCCGACUUACACCCCGAAGCCACCGCCGGUGUACUCGAACUCGUCAACUCCUUGCCCGGAGACGAGCACUAAGCCGCCGAAGCCACCUCUAUCGACGUACACUCCACCGCCGUACUACCCAACUCACCCGCCCAAGCCGCCGGUUUACACUAAUACCACUACCUGCCCGACUAUCACCACCACGAUCACCACCAAGACCACAGCGACGGUGCCUUGCACUACAACCAUUACGGUGACGACUUGCCCAUCGACGUGCACGACUUACACCACUACAACCGUCACCACUACAACUUCUGUUUACACCACCAUCUGCACGACGGAAUACCCGGUCCCGCCGAAGACGACGCUGAUCCCAGUGCCACCCGCCCCAACCAGCGAGGUUCCUCCGCCACCUCCGCCAACCAGCUACGUCCCGGUUCCUCCUGCGCCAAGCAGCGAGGUUCCCGUCCCGCCAUCCAGCUAUGUUCCGGUUCCAGUUCCGCCUGCACCCACCAGCGAGGUCCCUGCGCCCACUGCCGUGACCUCGGCUCCUCCGGCACCCACCGUCUCCGAGUUCCCUGGCGCGGGCUCCGCGAACAAGCCGAUCGUCGCGCUCCUGGCCGGUGCUGUGGCUUUCGUCGCUCUGGCAUAA